AUGCAGGCUAGAAAUCUGCUAGCAUACGCGUUUCUUCAGUCCAAAUCUACAUCAUCCAUGGCCGAAGAAAACAAUGAUAACUUGGGCCUUGAUAAGCCAAUAAAACUUGGGCGUGUUUCCCGAAUCCCUAAAUUGACAGAUGAGCUUCUUUUCGACCGCGUUCGUGGCCUCCCCCAGGUUAUAGCGAAUUACCCCAAGCUAAGCCGUUCCAUUAAGAAACACGAUAAGAAGUUGGCUGAAAAGUUCAAAGGAGGCACGUACUCCAAGCAGGCUGCACACCUGUUGCGGGUUGAAGCAGAAGUGAAAAAUAUGGGCUCUGUUUUGCAAUUCUACCAACUUUGGUGUCAUGGAUUGUUUCCAAGAGCAACAUUUAAAGACUGUGUGGAUAUGCUUCGAUCGUAUAAAUCAUUCAAACUCAAAGAAUACAGAAGGGAGCUCAUCUCCCAGCAAAUCCACCGCUUGAAAGUGGAGAAGGGUCUCAUAAAUGAAAGUACAGAUACAGCAGAUAUGGACUCUGAUGAUGAUCUAUAUAAUCCGGCGCCGAAUAACGAUAUUGCCGCGGUCGAUGAGGCAGAAACAUCUCAUAAAACCACCGAGACCACUAAUGCAAAUAAUGAUGACGAUGAUGAAGAUGAUUGGGGAUUCCUUUCUGUUCCUCGCAGAUCUAAUGGAUUAUUUAUUGAUGAUGAGGAUGACGACGUCGAUUCAAUUCCCAACGCUCCUAAACCUACAAUAAGUAGCGCCACUACGGGUGAUAACACUUCCAACCAAGAUGAACUUCCUCAAGAAGAUUUCCCUGAAGAGGAUCUAGAAGACUACGACCGCUAUGAGGACGAGUAUAACAUUAUGAAAGAAAUGGGAAUGUGA